CGCACCAGGCCAGCUGCACUAGCUGCUAAUAUUAACAGUUGAGUCAUGGAGCUGCAAGGAGGGGGCUUGAGGGGGUUUGAUAGAGGGAGGGCUGGAGCUUUCUGGAAACAGAGUAGUACCUAUAAAAGCAAUGAGCCGGGGUAGUGCAGGCAUUAGAGGAACCACACAGAGGCAAAGAAGCAACACACAGGAGACGACAGCAAGGGACUCUGCUGAGAGCCUUCAACAUCUUUGACAUUCACACCAAGAAGUAAGUAAGAAAAGAAACUAACUAACGGACUUUGCUCUCUUAGUAUGAAAUAGUGAGACAGUCUGUUUCUGUUCAAGGUGCCUGCUAAAGAUUUGUUUUCAUCCCCUACUUUUUUAAGCUUUCUUAACUUUAUUCAUAAAUGAAUGACGUUAUUCUUUCACCACACUAAAAAAAUAACUUAAGUUGAGUAUCUAAAUAAAGAAAAAAUAACUUAAAAUAACUUAAAAUUUGAGGUUUUGAACAUUAUCAAUAAACACAGAUUUCUUUGAUCUUAAGAAUGCAUGGAUAAAAGGAGUGAAAGGAUCCCCUCAUAGAUAGAAUCUAUUUCUUAUUUUUGUGUAAGUAGGCAAUUAUAAGGGAUUGAAUUUAAUAAGUGGAUGAGAAAAAACACACGGGAACAAAGCUGUUGAUGUGUGCGACUGUACUAAACCACAUCCCUAUCAACAGGUUAGCAUUUUAAAACAUGUCUGCCAUUGGGUUAUAGAUACAUGUUGGUAAAAGGACUUAAAUAAUACAAGUACAGUCUUUGCAUUGUGUGUAGCAUUAACGAUUGAAAUGUAAUUUUCCCUGAUCUUUUUCUAGGUAAUCUAGAGCACAGAACAAGAUGUCUUCAGCUAAGGGAGUAUCCAUUGGCAUUGAUUUGGGCACCACCUAUUCUUGUGUCGGAGUUUUCCAGCAUGGUAAAGUGGAAAUCAUCGCCAAUGACCAGGGCAACAGGACCACUCCCAGCUAUGUGGCCUUCACUGACACAGAGAGGCUGAUUGGAGAUGCUGCCAAAAACCAGGUUGCCAUGAACCCCAGCAACACAAUCUUUGAUGCCAAGAGGCUCAUUGGGAGAAAGUUCAGGGACUCUGUUGUCCAGUCAGAUAUGAAACUCUGGCCUUUCAAGGUGAUCAAUGAUAAUGAAAAGCCAAAAGUCCAGGUGGAGUAUAAAGGGGAAAUCAAGGCUUUCUUUCCAGAGGAGAUUUCCUCCAUGGUGCUGGUAAAGAUGAAGGAGAUUGCUGAGGCCUAUCUGGGACAGAGGGUGUCAAAUGCUGUCAUCACAGUCCCAGCUUAUUUUAACGACUCCCAGAGACAAGCCACCAAAGAUGCUGGUGUGAUCUCUGGACUGAAUGUCCUGAGGAUCAUCAAUGAGCCCACAGCAGCAGCCAUUGCGUACGGCCUGGACAAAGGCAAGAGAGGAGAGCGCAAUGUGCUCAUUUUUGAUCUAGGUGGAGGCACAUUUGAUGUUUCCAUCCUGACUAUUGAGGAUGGCAUCUUUGAGGUGAAAGCCACAGCAGGGGAUACUCACCUUGGGGGGGAGGACUUUGACAACCGUAUGGUUAGCCACUUUGUGGAGGAAUUCAAAAGAAAGCACAAGAAAGACAUCAGCAUGAACAAAAGAGCAGUAAGGAGGCUGCGCACCGCCUGCGAGAGAGCUAAGAGGACCCUGUCCUCCAGCACCCAGGCCAGCAUUGAGAUCGACUCUCUGUUUGAGGGAAUUGACUUCUACACUUCCAUUACAAGGGCACGCUUUGAGGAGCUCAACUCUGAGCUCUUCAGGGGAACACUGGAGCCUGUGGAGAAGGCCUUGCAAGAUGCUAAGAUGGACAAGUCAAAGAUCCAUGAAAUUGUCUUGGUUGGUGGUUCCACCCGGAUCCCCAAAAUCCAGAAGCUCCUGCAAGACUUUUUCAACGGCAGAGAACUGAAUAAGAGCAUCAACCCAGAUGAAGCUGUGGCCUAUGGAGCAGCAGUCCAGGCUGCUAUCCUUAUGGGAGAUACUUCAGAGAACGUCCAGGAUCUGCUGCUGCUGGAUGUGGCUCCCCUGUCUCUUGGCAUUGAGACUGCAGGUGGAGUCAUGACAAAUCUGAUCAAACGAAACACCACAAUCCCCACCAAGCAGACGCAGAUCUUCUCCACAUAUUCAGAUAACCAGCCAGGUGUGCUGAUCCAAGUGUACGAGGGUGAGAGGGCCAUGACAAAGGACAACAACCUCCUGGGGAAGUUUGAACUCACAGGUAUCCCUCCUGCUCCGAGAGGUGUGCCACAGGUGGAGGUAACUUUUGACAUUGAUGCCAACGGCAUUCUGAACGUGACUGCAGCGGACAAAAGCACCGGCAAAGAGAACAAAAUCACCAUCACCAAUGACAAAGGCCGCCUGAGCAGAGAGGACAUCGAGCGGAUGGUGCAAGAAUCUGAAAAGUACAAAGCUGAGGAUGACAUGCAGAGAGAGAAGAUCACAGCAAAGAACUCUCUUGAAUCUUACGCCUAUCACAUGAAGAGCAGCGUAGAGGAUGACAGUCUUAAAGGAAAGAUUAGUGAGGAAGAUAAAAAGACAGUUAUUGACAAGUGCAAACAGACCAUCUCCUGGUUAGAGGACAACCAGCUGGCAGAGAAAGAAGAGUAUGAGCAUCAUCAGAAAGAACUAGAGAAGGUGUGCAAUCCCAUCGUGACAAAGCUGUACCAACAGGGGGCAGCACCAUCUGGGGGCUGUGGCAGCAAGGCCGGAGGCUCUCAGGGGCCCACUAUUGAGGAAGUUGACUGACAUGAUGGAUGAAUGGAACUUCAUUUAGAGUUAUCCUACCUGUAUCACUUUUUUCUUGAUUUUUUAAAAUAAAAUAAAAACUUUUCAAACAUUACAUUUUGACAGAAGUCUUUAUUUGUGGAGUUAAAGUUCAAGUUUUCACCUUCCAAAAACAUUCAACACAUCCUAUUUGGGCCACUUCAUAUUGAAAAAACAAACAAACAAA